AUGGCCGCGGCCAGUGCGGCCGGACCGGUAGGGAAUGUGUUCCCGUUCCGCGAUGCCCGCGGCUGUGUCGAUCAUCCCAUAGUUUUGACGGAAGCUGUGUGCAACCCGCUGUAUUCUCGACAGAUGAUGUCCGAGCUUCUUUUCGAGUGCUAUGGGAUUCCUAAGGUUGCCUAUGGAAUAGACAGCCUCUUCAGCUUCUACCACAAUAGGCCAAAGAACUUGAUCUCCAGCGGGCUCAUCAUUUCAUCUGGUUACCAGUGUACCCAUAUUUUACCCAUCUUAGAUGGGAGAUUAGAUGCUAAAAACUGCAAACGCAUCAAUCUGGGGGGAAGCCAAGCAGCUGGCUACCUCCAGCGUCUCCUGCAGCUGAAAUACCCUGGGCAUCUGGCAGCCAUCACUCUGAGCCGCAUGGAGGAGAUCCUGCACGAGCACAGCUACGUUGCUGAAGAUUAUGUGGCAGAACUGCAGAAAUGGCGGUGCCCUGAUUAUUACGAGAACAACGUCCACAAGAUGCAGCUCCCGUUUUCCAACAAGCUCCUGGGCAGCACUCUGAGCUCCGAGGAGAAGCAGGAACGGCGGCAGCAGCAGCUGCGGCGCCUGCAGGAGCUCAAUGCCCGCCGGCGGGAGGAGAAGCUACAGCUGGACCAGGAGCGGCUGGACAGACUGCUCUGCGUGCAGGAACUUCUAGAGGAUGGCCAGAUGGAUCAGUUUCACAAGGCUCUGAUAGAGCUGAACAUGGACUCCCCAGAAGAGCUGCAGUCCUACAUACAGAAGCUCAGCUCGGCCGUGGAGCAGGCUAAGCAGAAAAUCCUUCAAGCAGAAGUCACCCUCGAGGUGGAUGUGGUGGACAGCAAGCCAGAGACCCCUGACCUGGAGCAGCUCGAGCCGACUCUGGAAGACGUGGAAAGCAUCAAUGAUUUUGAACCCUUGUUUUCGGAGGAAACCCCUGAGGUGGAGAAGCCAGUCGCCACUGUCCAGCCCGUGUUUAACUUGGCAGCCUAUCAUCAGCUGUUUGUUGGGACAGAAAGAAUUCGGGCUCCAGAAAUUAUCUUCCAGCCGUCUCUCAUCGGGGAAGAGCAGGCGGGGGUCGCAGAGACCCUUCAGUACAUCCUGGACAGGUACUCCAAGGACGUUCAGGACAUGCUGGUUCAGAAUGUUUUCCUCACCGGUGGGAACAUGAUGUACCCUGGGAUAAAAGGUAGAAUCGAGAAGGAGCUGUUGGAGAUGAGGCCCUUUCAGUCUUCUUUUAAGGUUCAGCUUGCCUCCAACCCGGUGCUGGACGCUUGGUACGGCGCUCGGGACUGGGCCUUGGAUCACCUGGAAGAUGACGAGGUCUGGAUCACCAGGAAGGAGUAUGAAGAGAAGGGAGGAGAGUACCUCAAGGAGCACUGCGCGUCCAACAUCUAUGUCCCCAUCCGCCUGCCCAAGCAGGCCUCACGCUUCUCAGACGCCCAGGCCCCCGGCAAAGGCUCGGGGGCCAGUGGAGGCGGCGCUGGCGAACAGGCUUAG